AUGAGCUCAAAUUCAACUAUUCAUUAUAAAUUACAUAAACAACUCGAUGAAUCUAGUCUAAGCGCAGUGGCCACAGUUAUUCUAUCCACCGUCGAUCAAUUACUCUGCAAAUACAACUACCUGUGGCACAAGGACCCAUUCGAGUUGACCGUCUCCGAUAAUGCCCUUAAUGGUUCCAUCCGAGUGGGCGAUUCGAUUGAGGAUGAGUGGGUUACUCUCUGGAUUCUUAUCCAACUUUCCAUCACUUAUGAUUUUGUUAUUGAAACACACGACGACGACGGUCAGUUCAUCCUCAUUGAGGCUGCUGAACAGCUACCUAGCUGGCUCACUCCAGAGAGGGCUGUGAACAGGCUAUGGGUGUACAAGGGGAGGCUACACUUGAUUGGAUUGGAAUCACACCCAGACACUCCAUUAAGCACAAGCACAGCUAUCCAACUUAUCACUAACCCCUCCACACCCACUCUCGCCCCUUUACAUGUCGAAAACGCCGCUUUCUCCCGCACGCAUAUCUAUCCUGAAGCGUUAAGCAGCCAUCAGCACACUUUCAACGCUUUCCUUCCAUCGCCACUUGCACACCUUUGCGCACUCACCAGCACACACACUCCACACCGACAACUGGCUUCCACCCUCACUCAAAUGGCCGUAGAAGCUUUCUGUUCGCGCGACGCAGCUGGUACACGCGCAGCUCAGAGGAUGUCGCGUUUUAAACCCACGCAGGCACAUGGAUCAAAUGGCUCUGACUCACUCCCCGUCUCCCUCACCCUCACUCGCACCGCCUACGCUCAACUCCAAGGCCAGCCCUUCCACCCCCCUAGAGUAUUUAACAGCGAUAGAUGGCCCAACUCGGGUAAAGAACGCGAUUGGCGUGAUAAAGGUAUGAAAUUGGCCUGUGGGUUUGAGAUUCUAUAUGAUGAGAGUAAAGGGGAUGUCCGGGGUGCACAAGGUACACUAAAUACACAAAACUCUCAAAACUCUCAAAACCCUCAAGAUACUCCUUCUCCGCAACUCACCAAAUACCUCAACACACUCCUCCAAAUAGGUUUCUUCAAGGGCGAGAUAGAGGGUAGUGCGGCGUACGUGGAGAGAUACACGCAGGCAGUGCAUACGUGGCACUCUAUCAGACAGGCUGGGGGGGAGUAUGACAAACGUUUCUCCUUUGCGGGCGAGGUUGAGCGUUUGCUUGGGGAGAGUGAGGAGGAUGACCGUGGACACGCUCACUCUCACACCAACACCAAUAUCCUCCCUGAAGACGACGAUAGCUGGCUCAACAUCAACGCUGACAGUUUCGACGAUUACCUCGCUCAGCGUAUGCAGGGAAGUCACGCGGAGCGUCACCAUGACGCACACCUACACUCCUCCGCUGACACUCUAGCCCACUUUAGCGAUAAGCUUCACGCUUUUGUCGAUCGUGAGGGUGGUAUGGACCAAGCUAAAUUCGGUGAAGAUGACUUAUUUUCCGAUGAGGAGGGGGAAAGCAGUGGUGAGAGCGAUAGCGAUAGCCAAGAUGGAAACAAAAAGAAGGAUAAAGAUAAAGAAGCAGACGCAGACAAAGCUACAAACUCAAUUGCAGAAAACACCCAGACCAAACAACACCGUCUAAACACCCUCGUCCCUUCACUGAAUAAAGAUGAAUGGGGAGCAUCGACGCAGAAGCCAUCGCAACAGGAGAAACAGCGUGAAGAAGAUGCCACAGUUGAUAUUUCCCCUGCAAACCAAACACACCUCCUCAACACACUCCAUCAAUACAUCUCCGACCCCAUCGAACAGAGACAGGUAGAGGAAGAUGCCCGGCUGCGUCGCCCACAUUUUGCACCUGAGAAAUACGACGGUUGGUCAGAUGAGGAGGAGGAGGACGGUGGAAAUGAGGAGGCUAGAGAUGCGGAGAGACUCAAGAGUGGAGUUAAGGAAUUAGGGCAGGAUGAGAUGGAGGAUGUCGAGAACCUUCCCCAGGUUGUCAAUCUCCAUGCUGAAGACGAUAUUGAUAUGCAAAAUGAACAGACUGAUUUCCUCGCCUUUUCUAGAGAGGCGCUUGGGAUUGAUGACAAAAUGUGGAACAAGAUCCUCACUGAGAGGAGAGCAAAUGGUGCUUUUGUGCCGGAUGAUGAAAGGAUGGAGAAGAGAAAUGUGGAUGAUGAUGAUGAUGAUGUGGAGGAGUCACCAUCACACCAUCCACAACCACCAAAACCACAACCCAGGAUGGAAGACGUACGCGACCAGGAUGCACCACAAACUCACACUCCCACUCACAAUGCCAAACCAAACGAUAAACUUGACUCGUUCGAAGCCGUCAUGCACGCAAUGGAUACUGAACUGGCAAGAGCGAAACCUAAAGCUGAGACAAGUCAAAACACAAGAGAAAGCGGUGUGUCUGAAGAACUCGAUGAAGAUGAACAGCUGCGUGCAAUGGACCACGAGCUCAAAUCUAUCUUAUCACGCGUUGAUCCUAACAACGAGACACUGGAUGACAAUUUCGACGACCAAGAUAUUGACGACGAACAACUCCAACAGGGUGACUACUCGACUAUGAGGAACUUCCUCGAAUCUUUUAAAGCUCAGAGUGGCCUCAGUGGACCCGUAAGCAAUCUUGCUGGCUCAUUUGGUGAGAGGCUGCCGAGAGAUUACGAGUGA